AUGGAUUACAAAAAACAUAACGAGAAACCUCAUUUGUGUGGAGGCUCAAUUGUGAGUCCACAGUGGGUUGUUUCAGCGGCUCACUGUUUUGCAUUUGGAGUUAAUCCUCAGGAAUACAAGAUUGUAGCAGGUGAAGAAAAAUCCCAGUAGUCAACGCUCCUUUAAAAAAAACCGACGCGAAUUUAAAUUAACAAUGAGGAAGAGCGUACAAAGAAGAAGAGAGAGAAAAAACGCAAUAAAGAAGGACUUAUUAAAUAUAAUUUUACAACGACUGCCUGAAAAAAAGAGAGAAAGCUCUCAAGCAUCUUCAAUGUUUCAGCGGGGCUUCUCUUUGCUUCUUUUGAAUCAGCAAACCGCCAUUGAAAUUAAUCAAAAUGAGUAGAAUAUUAAUAGCGACUGUUUAACAUCCUUUCCUGAUCGAGGUGGUUGAAAAAUACUGGUCACUUUAAUCCCGAAAAAAAGAAACAGUUUUGACCAAAUCCUCCUUUUUGGACCGAUGCGGGCGAAUUUUGGUUGGCCUACUUUCCAGGAAAGGAAAAAGUUUAAUCAGCAAAGAGUAGUAGGUGAAUGGCACAAUUUGUAGUGCAUUUUCCCCAAAUGUUGCUUGUAUUUUUUUGUGUGUAACUCUACCAGGAUUGGUCCAAAUUUGCUAAAUGAGGUACCUAUGGACAGAUGUACCCUUGUUGAUUUUGCAUACUAAACGGAAAGCUAAAUAGGCCAGGAAAGAGGUCUAUAUGGACCCAAUAGAGCCAAUUAAUACCAAGAAAAUAAGCCUGAUCAGUUGACACUUGGUUUGAUAUUUGCGAUUGCACAGGUGAACAUAAACUGAAUGGAAAAGAAGGCUUCGAGCAGAACAUCCCCAUACAGAAAAACAUUAUUUAA